AUGCCUCCUGAGAGCCGCGAUCGCGGUAAGGUGGAUGACCUGCUGAAGGAGGAGGAGAAGGAGCCUGACUUCAUGAAUUUUGGCGCUAUGACGCCAUCCUUCAGCCUUGCCGCGCCGGAGGCCAAGGAUGAGGACAUUGAGACGGGCCAUGAACGUGAAGCGCCCGGCGCCGCUCCUUGGAGGAUCUUCCGCAACAUGACCCUGGUGACAUGCAUCUUCUGGAUUUGUGCCGGGGCAUGGGAGUUCAGCACUGUGCUGGUACCAGAGCUCAUCGACAUGGGCUUGGCCUUCGAGGAUGAGUUCGAGGCACAGAACAAGCAUUCCACGCAGUUGAAUCUGGAGCAUGUCCGCCUCCAGCCUGUUGAUGCAGUAGCUCUCGCCGGGGAGCACCGAGCUUCUCUAAUGGCGCUUCGCAAUGCUGUCAAGAACGCCCACUACGAAGCGGUGAACACCACAUGGCCCUAUCCUGGCAUUAGGCCCACAGGUCUGUCUUGCGACUCGCAUGGGCGACACCUGCUUGUCACAGAUGGCUUAUCUGCUUUCCUGGCUUUGGUCGAAGAGGAAAAGGCAGCAACUGCUCAGGAUGGCAUGAGGCUGCGGCAGCCCGCGCCCAUGGCCCGUGCGGAGUUCAAGCAGGUCGACUCUUGUGCAGCCCUCCUGGGGCAGCAGCUCCAGGACACGGCUCUGUCCUGUGCGGACAACUCCACCGCAAGCUGCGAGGCCAUGGUGUUGCAUCAGCAGGGCCAGCGCGUCGCGUCUUGCCACCUUUCGGGACAUGGAGGCGGCCUUAGUCUCUCGGUCGCCUCUUCCUGGCUCUCCGGAACGCGUUCAGACCGCCAAUCCGAGCAGGCCCAGUUCCUCAUGGUGGACCCAAUAUGCAAUGCGGACUCGCUUGGUGCGGGCUGCACAUCAGUUGGGACUUCGAGAUGGCGACUGGCACGCCUUCAGAGAGGAACGCAAGGUGAUGACUUGAUUCCUCUGGAUGUCACUGACGAUAAGGAUGCAGAGCUCGGCCGUCCCAAGACGAUGCGCUUGAUGACAGAACGGUACCUGGGAGUUCUCCGAGCUGGUGACAAGACAUUAGAGCUGUUGGACCUAGACAAUGGCGGAGCGACAUCUGCGAAGCUGCAGCUUCAGACGAACAUGCACUUGGAAAGCUUCUGCACCACCGGAGAUCACAUGUACCUGCUGGGGUCCCGCCCGCACCCAAGGCUGUUGCGAGUUCCGCUCCGCACGGCCUUGGCCUUCGCUGCGUGA